GAGAUCGGCGUGUUCCUCCUGUGUUCCUCUGAGUGUGAUCGAGUGGAUUCGAUCAGUUCCUGUGCUGCUGGAGGUGGCACUGAUGUCCAGCGGUGGGCGGCACAGAACAGGAGCACAUUCAAUAACCGUCCUGCAGCUCUGAGCCGUGUAGAGCGUGGUGAAGAUGAAGGAGCCGUGGCGGCUCUGAGCUCUCCUCCAGAGAGAGAUGGACGUGCUGGAGGCUUCUGGAGCUGGUUCUGGAGCUGGUUCUGGUUGGUGUGGGAGCUGUGGGAACCGAUCAGACUGGGAGGAAUGGGAGGACCAGUCGCUCUUCACCGACACUGAGCUGGCGGUGUUAACGACGCUGUGUGUGCCGCUGCUGCUGCUCGGCCUGCUGGGAAACGCCCUGACCAUUCUGGUGGUGUGGCGACGCCCACAAAUGAGAAGCACCACCUACCUGUACCUGAGCAGCAUGGCCAUAUCAGACAUCCUCAUUCUGCUGCUGAUGCCUCUGGAUCUCUAUAAGCUAUGGCGGUUUCGUCCGUGGUUUCUAGGCGACGCCGUGUGCAAGCUGUCGAUGUUCGUGGGAGAGUGUUGCACGUUCUCGUCCAUCCUGCACAUGACUGCGCUGGGGGCGGAGCGAUACCUGGCCGUGUGCUUUCCCCUCCGCGCGCGCCUGCUGGUCACCAGGGGGCGUGUCCGAGCGCUGAUCGCGGGGCUGUGGGGCGUGGCCAUGCUCAGCGCGGGGCCGGUGUUUGCGCUGGUGGGGGUGGAGCAGUUUGAGGGCGGAGCCAGCGAGUGCCGCUGCACACAGUACGCACAGACCUCCGGCCUUCUGAAAGCCAUGCUGUGGCUCUCCAAUCUCUACUUCAUCUGUCCGCUCACCAUCCUGUCGCUCCUGUACGGCCUGAUUGCCCGCCGCCUGCACCUGCGCGCGCACACACACCGAGACAAAACACACCGCCAGACCCUUCGCAUGAUGGUGGUCAUUGUGCUGGUGUUCAUCUUGUGCUGGCUGCCCUUCCACGUAAGCCGGACGCUGUUUUCGGUCUCAGACUCCAGUGAUCAGCUGUAUUACAUCAGUCAGUAUUUCAAUCUGGUGUCUUUAGUGCUGUUUUACGUCAGUGCCGCUGUGAAUCCUCUGCUGUAUAACAUCAUGUCUGCUCGCUACCGCGCCAACGUCCUCGCCAUGCUGCGGCUAACAGUGGGCUCCACGGACGAGCUGCGCCACAGGGCCCGCACCUCUCCACUCACUGCCUCUCACUCCAGCACACACUUCUGACCACGUGUGUGUGUGUGUGUGUGUGUGUGAGGCGUGACACAAACUACAGGACUCUGGAGGAAACUACUGAGGUUUGUUAAAGCCACAAGAAUGCACUAAUUGUGUAACUGUAGGAUCUGGCCAAGCAUGUUUAUGCUCACUUUUUGCAUUAAUUCAUGUAUUUAGAGUCAGCGCUGUCCUUCGUGUGUGCUGCAUAUCAACAACAGCACAUCUACAAAUGGAUGGCGUCACUGAGCUUUUCAGCAACACUAUAUAUAACGCGUCUGUGUGUGUUUUUAUUGUAUUGAUUGUGUUGGAUGGGGUUUGUUUCAUAUAUAUUGAAUAAAAGGCUGUUCUUUGUGA